GUAUUUGUCUAUAAAUAAUGAAAUUUUGGUUUGUGGAGCAAACUGAACCUUAAAAUCAAAUAACAAACCAUCGAUAACUUCAAGAAUGGCUCUCAAGCUCAACCCCUUCCUCUCUCAAUCCCCUAAGCUACCCUCCUUUUCUCUUCCAACAAUGGCCAGUCUCAGAUCUCCCAAGUUUUCCAUGGCCUCCACCCUCAAGUCCGGCUCUAAGGAGGUUGAGAAUAUCAAGAAACCGUUUAUGCCUCCUCGAGAGGUGCAUGUUCAGGUUACUCAUUCGAUGCCACCCCAAAAGAUUGAGAUCUUUAAAUCUCUGGAGGAUUGGGCUGAGGAUAACAUUCUAGUUCAUCUGAAGCCGGUUGAGAAGUGUUGGCAACCACAGGAUUUUUUGCCAGAUCCUGCCUCCGAUGGGUUUGAAGAGCAAGUGAAGGAACUCAGGGCGAGAGCAAAGGAGAUUCCCGAUGAAUACUUUGUUGUUUUGGUUGGAGAUAUGAUCACAGAAGAAGCUCUUCCCACUUAUCAGACAAUGCUUAAUACCUUAGAUGGAGUUAGGGAUGAAACCGGUGCAAGUCUUACUUCUUGGGCAGUCUGGACCAGGGCAUGGACUGCUGAAGAGAACAGACAUGGCGACCUUCUCAAUAAGUAUCUCUAUCUAUCUGGACGAGUGGACAUGAGACAAAUUGAGAAAACAAUCCAAUAUCUGAUCGGGUCUGGAAUGGAUCCUCGGACAGAAAACAGCCCCUAUCUUGGCUUCAUCUACACAUCAUUCCAGGAAAGGGCAACCUUCAUCUCUCACGGGAACACCGCUAGACAUGCCAAGGAGUAUGGAGACAUAAAGUUGGCCCAAAUAUGCGGUACAAUUGCUGCAGAUGAGAAGCGCCACGAGACGGCCUACACAAAGAUAGUGGAAAAACUCUUUGAGAUUGAUCCUGAUGGAACUGUUUUGGCUUUUGCUGAUAUGAUGAGAAAGAAAAUCUCUAUGCCUGCACACUUGAUGUACGAUGGCCGCGAUGACAAUCUUUUUGAUAACUUCUCAGCUGUUGCACAGCGGCUCGGGGUGUACACAGCAAGGGAUUAUGCAGAUAUACUGGAGUUCUUGGUGGGGAGAUGGAAGGUAGAUACACUAACAGGCCUUUCCGCUGAGGGACAAAAGGCGCAGGACUACGUUUGUCGGCUAGCUCCGAGAAUUAGAAGGCUGGAAGAGAGAUCUCAAGGUAGGGCGAAAGAAGCAUCCAUCGCUCCUUUCAGCUGGAUAUUUGAUAGACAGGUGAAGCUGUAAGUGUACUGCAGACUGAAAUCGAGAUGAAAUGAUUAGCUCCGCUCUUUUCGAUGCAAAAUAGAGGUAUAAAUUUGUAGUUGCAUUAUGGUUACAAGUGCAGUGUAGUGGAAUAUGUGCGUCUGUGGAAGGGAGUGAAUUUGGGAAGGUGUAGAUACAGUUGGUUUCUUUUGUGUUGUUUGCUGAUAGAGGGCAGCCGUGUAGUUUUGUUGUGUUUUUUUUUUUUUUUACUUGUACCGGUUUAUGUUUUCUUUUUCUUUUCCCCCUCGCUCGUCUUUAGUAUUCAGUAAACAAUAAUUGUGGCAAUUUUGAUAAUGAUGAUCAACCUUCACACUGCA